AUGAGUUUUAAUGAUCAUGGUCACAUUCGGCAUUCUGGCCCUUCCCAUCAAGUUUUGGGUUCAUCACCAUUGGAGCAUGAAGAACAAUGUCACUUGAAUUCAUCCGGGGUUGAUUUUUCUACUACGAGUAAGAUGAAAUUGUUAUCAAUUGAAGGUAGCUCAAGGAACGUGUUUCAAGAUCAAAAGAACGAGUCUUCUGACGAUAAUCGUGUUCGACAGGCUGAUUUUAUAACCAACAUAGCUUCAAAUGUUUCAAAUCUCAGUCACCAAGAACGAGGCCGAUUGAUAAUGAUUGAUAGUGAUGAGACUAAAAACACUUCGCUGGCAGCUGAUGAAAUGUCGAAGGGGUCAAUCUGCAAUGGUCUGCAGCAUGGGGCAGCCGCCGCAUCAGCUUUUGUUUCUUCACAGUUUAGUCAACAAGAUAAAAGCAUAUUGAUGACACUCGGUGUUGAUCAAGCUGAAACAAGUACGACUACAUCAAUUGUGGCUGGUGAGGUAUCCAUGAAAUUGAUUUGCAAUGAUGGUGAUCAAACUCGGCAGCUUGAUUCAUCGGUCGAUUCUGUUUCUCUUGAGCAAUUGGGUCAAGACUGUUUGAAGACACAAGAGCUCACACAGUGCAAAAAAGAUAAUUGGUUGAAGAAUGAUGAAGCAGAGAUAGAAGUCAUUAAGCCGAUUGAAGAACGACAGGUUGAGUCACAGUUAAAAGAUGAGGAUAGGCACCUGCCUGAGGUAAGAUGCGACCAGCCGAUUACUUUUCCAUUGAUUUUUCAUGGUCAAGACAAGAAAGGCAGUAAGAAGAAUGAUUCGGGUACAGUUAGUAGAGCUACCGUGGCAAAUCCAGUUAUUAAACAAUUUGGCAGCCACCUUCAGGUUCCGCAUAACAAGAUGGUUACUUCUCCGAAUAAUUCUCAAGGUCAGUCCUUGUCAACUGUCACAAAGGAGGUCAAAAGCAAAGGUUCCAUUUCUGGUGAUAAAGUUCAAGAUGCCGAGAAGCGAAAAGUGAGCAAUGCUUCUAGUUCUCCUAUUUCAAAUGGCCGAUUCAAUCCAAAAUCGGCCCUCAGUGUUAACAUGACUCAAAAGGAGAAAAAUCAUAGAAUCUACUCGUGGUGA